UUGUUUUAUACAAAUCUGGAAAAAUUCUUGUGAAACAUUUGCUGUUAAAUAAUAUUAGCAGAAUUUCUGAACAUCACCAACUGGAGUGUCAAGAAGAGGGGUCUGUGUUCUGAAAAAAGUUGGAUGAAAUUAUUUAAGUUUUGUGAAACAAAGGUAACACUGGACAGAAAUACAACAGUAGAAGUGUUUGUAAAGAAUAAAGUAUAAAAAGAAAAGGAAGCAAAAUAUAUAAACUGGUAUUUGAGAGGAAAAAUAAUGGAAAAUAGUGAGAAAAGUAUACAAUUGAUUUCCCCUGAACCCAUGACAAAAGAGAUGGGAUCAUACGAAUGUGAUAUCUGUACAAAGUCCUUCUUUCAAAAACGUGAUCUACUUAAGCACAAACGUAUUCACAAAGGAGAGAAACUAUACUGUUGUGACAUUUGUGGUAAAUCAUUCUCUUGCAGUAGUAAAUUAUCUACACACAAACGUUCUCAUACAGGAGAGAAACCAUAUCAUUGUGAAAUCUGUGGUAAAUCAUUCUCUCAAAAUAGUAACUUAACAAAACACGUACAUAUCCAUACAGGAGAGAAGCCAUAUCAUUGUGAUAUCUGUGGUAAAUCAUUCUCAAGAAGCAUUCAUGUUACUACACACAAACGUUCUCAUACAGGAGAGAAACCAUAUCAUUGUGAUAUCUGUGGUAAAUCAUUUUCUCGAAGUAGUAAUGUUACUGUGCACAAACGUACUCAUACAGGAGAGCAGCCAUAUCACUGUGAUAUCUGUGGUAAAUCAUUCUCUUACAGUAGCAAGUUAUCUACACACAAUCUUUCUCAUACAGGGGAGAAACCAUAUCAUUGUGAUAUCUGUGGUAAAUCAUUUGCUCGAAGUAGUAAUGUUAUUGCGCACAAACGUACUCAUACAGGAGAGAGACCAUAUCACUGUGAUAUCUGUGGUAAAUCAUUCUUUGGAAAUACUGACUUAACAAAACACAAGUAUAUUCAUACAAGAGGGAAGCCAUAUCAUUGUGAUAUUUGUGGUAAAGCAUGCACUAAUAAUCAUGUCUUAGCAAGACACAAACGUAUUCAUACAGGAGAGAAACCAUAUCAUUGUGAUAUUUGUGGUAAAUCAUUCUCACAAAGAAGUCACUUAUCUACACACAAAAGUAUUCAUACAGGAGAGAAACCAUAUCACUGUGAUAUUUGUGGUAAAUCAUUCUCUCAAAGAAGUCACUUAUCUACACAUAUACGUAUUCAUACAGGAGAGGAACCAUAUCAUUGUAAUAUCUGUGGUGAAUCAUUCUCUCAUAAUAAUAUCUUAACUAUUCAUGAACGCAUUCAUACAGGAGAGAAGCCAUAUCAUUGUGAUAUUUGCGGUAAACGAUUCUCUAUUAAAAGUUCCUUAACAUCACACCAUCAUUCUCAUACAGGAGAGAAACCAUAUCAUUGUGAUAUUUGUGGUAAACCAUUCUCUGACAAUAGUGUCUUAGCAGCACACAAGCGUAAUCAUACAGGAGAGAAACCAUAUCAUUGUAACAUCUGCAGUGAAUCAUUCGCUUAUAAUAGUAGCUUAACUGCACAUAAAUGUAUUCAUACAGGAGAGAAACCAUAUCACUGUGAUAUCUGCAGUAAAUCAUUCUCUCAUAAUUGUACCCUAACUAUACAUAAACGUAUUCAUACAGGAGAGAAACCAUAUCAUUGUAAUAUUUGUGGUAAAUCAUUCUCUCGUAAUAGUAACUUAACUGCACAUAAACGUAUUCAUACAGGAGAGAAGCCAUAUCACUGUGAUAUUUGUGGUAAAUCCUUCUCUCAAAAUAGUAAUAAGUUAUCUACACACAAUCGUUCUCACACAGGAGAGAAACCAUAUCAUUGUGAUAUCUGUGGUAAAUCAUUUUCUCGAAGUAGUAAUGUUACUGCGCACAAACGUACUCAUACAGGAGAGCGACCAUAUCACUGUGAUAUCUGUGGUAAAUCAUUCUCUUACAGUAGCAAGUUAUCAAUACACAAUCGUUCUCACACAGGAGAGAAACCAUAUCAUUGUGAUAUCUGUGGUAAAUCAUUUGCUCGAAGUAGUAAUGUUACUGCACACAAACGUACUCAUACAGGAGAGAGACCAUAUCACUGUGAUGUCUGUGGUAAAUCAUUCUUUGGAAAUACUGACUUAACAAAACACAAGUAUAUUCAUACAGGAGGGAAGCCAUAUCAAACUGAUGUUUGUGGUAAACGAUUCUCAAAUAAAAGAUCUGUAACAUCACACAAACGUAUUCAUACAGGAGAGAAACCAUAUCAUUGUGAUAUCUGUGGUAAAUCAUUCACUAGUAAUAGUUACUUAAACGUACACAGACGUAUUCAUACAGGAGAGACACCAUAUCAUUGUGAUAUUUGUGGUAAAGCAUGCACUAAUAAUCAUGUCUUAGCAAGACACAAACGUAUUCAUACAGGAGAGACACCAUAUCAUUGUGAUAUCUGUGGUAAAUCAUUCUCACAAAGAAGUCACUUAUCUACACACAAUAGUAUUCAUACAGGAGAGAAACCAUAUCACUGUGAUAUUUGUGGUAAAUCAUUCUCUCAAAGAAGUCACUUAUCUACACAUAUACGUAUUCAUACAGGAGAGAAACCAUAUCACUGUAAUAUCUGUGGUGAAUCAUUCUCUCAUAAUAAUAUCUUAACUAUUCAUGAACGCAUUCAUACAGGAGAGAAGCCAUAUCAUUGUGAUAUUUGCGGUAAACGAUUCUCUAUUAAAAGUUCCUUAACAUCACACCAUCAUUCUCAUACAGGAGAGACAGCAUAUCAAUGUGAUAUUUGUGGUAAACCAUUCUCUGACAGUAGUGCUUUAACUGCACACAAUCGUAUUCAUACAAGAGAGAAACCAUAUCAUUGUGAUAUUUGUGGUAAACCAUACUCUAAUAAUAGUGCCUUAGCAGUACACAAGUGUAUUCAUACAGGAGUGAAACCAUAUCAUUGUAACAUCUGCAGUGAAUCAUUCGCUUAUAAUAGUACCUUAACUGCACAUAAACGUAUUCAUACAGGAGAGAAGCCAUAUCACUGUGAUAUUUGUGGUAAAUCCUUCUCUCAAAAUAGUAAGUUAACAAAACACAAACAUAUUCAUGCUAAGGAGCAAUGAAAAGGGUAGUUUCUCGUUUCUUAUUUGCUAUAUUUAAUUUUCUUGUGUGUUAUGCAAUG